AUGCGUGUUGAAAGCUUUGAGCAUAUUGCCAAGCUCGGCAAGAGAGCCGUUGUCACCAUGUUUAGCGGCGGCCUGGACAGCACGUAUUUGCUCUUCAGACUUCAGCGGCUCGGCUUUACAAACAUCAACGCUGUCGCGGUGGAUCUUGGGGCGCCCGUAGACGUGGAGGCGCUUACAAAACAAGCCGCCCAUUUCGGUGCCAGCUUCAAAUGUCUCGACGGUCGCGAGCUGUUUGCCAAAGAAGGUGUCAUGCCAGCCAUUCGCGCUCACGCAAAGUAUAUGGGGGUGUACCCAAUCAGCAGUUCACUCACCCGGCCAGUUAUCGCUCGCCUGACCACGGACUACGCCAAGGACCUGAACGCGGGUUUGCUGCUCCAUACCGCAAACCUGUCGCAGAACAGCCUGCCCCGGCUCAACAAUAGCAUUGGGCGCUGCGGCUUCCGCGGAGAAUUCGGGAGCCCAUAUGUCCAUUCAGUCGUCUCGCGAGAGAAGAAAGCUGAAGAACUGGCGGCAGUCGGACUGACCAACAUGUCGGACCGCGAGCUGAGCGGCGAUGAAAACCUGUGGUGCCGGGAGUUCGAGGGCGGUCCAUUGAAUGAUCCGGAAGCUUUCACCAUCCCGGAAGAUGCCUAUGAAUGGACGCGACGGUGCGAUAAUGAGGCAACCAAGAAGCUCACACUCGGCUUUGAGAAUGGCAGCCUCGUCUCUGUCGACGGGAACAAACUCCCCCUCAUCGAAGCCAUCGCGCUGCUGAACACUGAGGUGGGAAAAUUUGGCCACGGCCGAUUUGUGGGGCUCGAGCCUCUUACCACCGAUCACAAGGUUUUAGAGGUCCGCGAAGCUCCGGCCGCUGCCAUCAUCAUGGAUGCGCUUCGCCAUCUCGAAAUAGCUACGCUGGAUACCAACACGCUAGAAUUGAAGCAGCAACUGGAACAGAAAUGGGCCCGGGAAGCGAUAUCCGGCCACUGGGGAAGCAUAUGCCAUACCGUGUGUGACGCUGCUAUCGCUUCCGCCUCGAAUGGCGUGGGUGGAAGCGUAACCUAUGAUAUCGAUCACAGGCGUUACCUGCCCUGCUCUAUUGUGGCACACAAUCCUCGCUAUGUUAGGAAUCGAGACGAUUGGGAACGAGAACAGUCACAGCUACUCUUCGGCAGGCGCUGCCUCUAG